ACAAACAUGACAGCGGCGGUGAAGGGGCUGGCACGUGACUUGGCAGCUUGUUUUAAACCUCUGAGUUUCACUCUGCCUGGUAUUAGAAACUGCAGGGCGCUCAGAAUACAGUCAGCCCUCCUUGAACGCGGUCAGCAAUGGAAAACACUAGCGAACCAGCCGACCACAAUUACAGCGACUAUUAUUACUACAACUUUGACUUCACUAACGUCUCUGAUUUGAAUAUUACUGAAGCGUGUGACGCCAGCGAGCUCCCUUCCCAGAAGUAUAUCAUCCCAGCGCUGUACUUUCUUGUGUUCUUCACCGGGCUCUUUGGGAAUUUGCUGGUCAUUCUGAUCCUCAGUUCCAAGCAAUCCUGCAAGAGAAGGCUCGUGGAUACUUUCGUCAUCCACCUGGCCGUGGCGGAUUUGGUCUUCGUUUUCACGCUGCCUCUCUGGUCGGUCUCGGCGGCUUACGACCACCACUGGAAUUUUGGAAGCUUCCUUUGCAAGUUCAGCAGUUACGUCAUCGCCGUUAACAGGUACUCCAAUAUCUUCUUCCUCGCGUGCAUGAGCGUGGACAGGUACGUGGCGAUUGUCAAGAUGCUGGACUCCAGGUUCCUACGCAACAACAGGUGCGUACAAAUCACCUGCGGCGUCAUCUGGGUAUCUUCGGUACUGCUCGGCGCUCCAGCGCUCGUUUACAGAAACGUGUCCGCGGACGAGGACGGCAAAUUAAUCUGCAUCGAAGACAGUCGCUCGACCUUCAGCAGCAUCAGCUUGCUGUCCCUGAUCGUCGCGUUCGUGCUUCCCCUGGCCGUUAUCUUGUUCUGUUACUGCUCCAUUCUGGCUAAACUGCGCCGCCACCGCCUGCACCAAAGCGCCAAAACCGACCUGAAACGAAGGCACUCCAUCAAGAUGGUCUUCAGCAUCAUCGUCGCUUUCGUCAUCUCCUGGUUGCCUUUCAACGUCUUCAAAAGCAUCCACAUCGUGUCCAACCUGCGGGAAGUCUCUCUCACCUGCUCCCUCCAAACGGCCCUCAGGUGGGGCUUGGUCAUAUCGUCGUGUCUGGCAUUCUUCAAUAGCUGCGCAAACCCCAUCCUCUAUUUCAGGCUGGACAACUACUUCAGACACCGCGCGAAGGACAUGUGUCUCGUCCUCUUCUCGUCCAGCCACCGCUCUGCUGCGCUUCCCAUGUCCGGCGCGACUACUGACAGCACGGGCUCAACAGUAAGCAGGCCACGCCUGUCUUCCAUCCUUCUGACGCACCCAAAAUGAAUUUCCAGUCUCCAACAUUUUAUAGACAUUUUAUAUUAUAAAAGAAAAAAAGUUUCAGAAGGCUUUGAAGACACAGAGGAUAUGACCUGACUAGUGACAGUUUGGCACUGCACUCGGUGCUUCGUGUAGAUGUGUUACCCACAUCACAGCAGAUUCAGGCGCACUGCGCAAUAUACACAACCCCCUUCCAGGCUCCGGCCGUUUCUUCACAUUUUAAAGUGCUUAGAAAAAAGCAGGACUCAUAAUUGAUGCAUUUAAAUUGAGUAUGGAGUUAUAAAACAAUUCAAAUUUUAGCUUUUGCAAAUAUAUAUUGUUUUAUAACCGCACACAGCUCUCUCUCUCGCUCUCUAUGUAUAUUUGUAUUCAAUUGUGUAAAAUGUUCUUGUGAGAAUCUGUGCAUUAUUUGUAAUAUUUGGGGGGAGCAGUUUUUUUUUCGUGAAGCUAGUGAAACUGAAAUAUUUAUUCAUCUGUGAGGCUAACACAUAAAUGCCAAUUCAUGAUAUAUAUUUUUAUAUAUAGUGAUGGAUUGCAUAAAUUGUAUUUUUCAAGAGUGUGAGUUUUAAAUGUAAAAUUGCAACUAAAGACUUUGUAAUUGUAAAAUGAAAGCCGUGGAAUGCACACAUACCAUUAAUAACGAGUUUGUGAUCCUAUCUGUUGAGUUUAUAUUUUUACAGUUUAGUAUUGGUGACUGUGUUUUAAGUUUUUUUUUUUUUUUUAGCUAUGCAUAUUAAGAUACACAGUGAUAUUUCAGUUUAUUCUUUGUUGAAAUAAUUAUAUUGCAACCCCUUUGUAUUUUUGCAUUUAAAAUGCAAUAUAAUUUUACACGAGAUAGAUGUUGUUCAAUUAUUAUUUUUAUUGAGCUGUAAUGUUUUACACGUGUCCUUUUAAAUAUAUAUAUAUUUAAGUUGCUUUGCAGAAUAUUACAAUUUUAAUUUGCUGAUAUAACAGGCUUUUGCGAAUAUGUGAAAAAAAUCUGCCUUAAUGAUUAGCCUUCAAAUACAAUUAACGUCAAUCACUUUUCAUUUAAGUUGAAUUAACAAAAUAUGUAAUUAUAGCAUUA